AUGCGUGGUGAGUUUAAUGGUUUGAAAGCAAAAAUCUUAGAAGAAAAUAAUUCGGCAUAUUAUGUACAUUGUUUUGCUCACCAACUUCAACUGGUGGUUGUAGCGGUUGCAAGAAAUCAUUUGGGCGUAGUGAAUUUCUUUGACAAGUUAUCUACUUUGAUGAAUGUGGUUUUGGCUUCAUGUAAACGAACAGACAUUUUGCGGGAAAAGGAGAAAGAGAGAGUGGCAAAUGAUAUUCAUUGUGGUUUACUUACAACAGGAAGUGGCUUAAACCAAGAGCUUUCUCUAACACGGCCCGGAGAUACAAGAUGGAACUCUCAUUAUAGAACAUUUUUGCGUUUGGAAGUUUUGUUUCCAUCCGUUCUUAGCGUACUUGAUUAUGUUAAAAAGGAAGGAACAAAUGGUUCUACACAGAAUAAGGCAAUUGGUCUCAAACGGUAUUUAAGUUCAUUUGAUUGUAUGUUUCUUUUGCAUUUGAUGUCACACAUUUUAGGGAUCACGGAUGUAUUGUCACGGGCACUUCAAAGAAAAGAUCAAGACAUUUUGGAAGUGGUUUCAAUGGUGAAUUCUACAAAAAGAAAACUUCAAGAGUAUAGGCUUAAUGGGUUUGAGCGACUUUUAGAGAAAGUCUCUUUGUUUUGUGUGAAACAUGGCAUCAAGUUGUUGAAAAUGGAUGAAAUUUAUGUUAAUAAAAGAUGCCAAAGGGACAACAUUACCAAUCGACAUUAUUAUGAGUUUAAAUCUUUCAAUACCAUAUUGGAUUUGAUCAUCAUUGAAUUUGACGAUCGUUUUAGUGAGGCUAGCACCAAAUUACUUGACAAUAUGGCCGCUUUGAAUCCAUGUGCUUCAUUCUCUAACUUUGAUGUAUCAAAGUUAGUAAUCAAAGUUAGUGAAGUUAAGUGA